UGCACAUGCGCAUUAGGAGUAAAAUUCGUUAGAGAGGAAGACGAUUUUGGACACGAUCGUUCGUAUUUCGGGGACCAUGUCCCACGACCAGUCGUCCCUUUUGCUUAGAAAGCAACUUGCAGAGCUUAAUCGCAAUGCCGUAGAGGGAUUUUCUGCAGGACUUAUUGAUGACAAUGACAUCUACAAAUGGGAGGUUGUCAUAUAUGGCCCACCAGACACAGUCUUUGAAGGGGGAUUUUUCAAGGCACAUUUGCUGUUCCCCAAAGAGUACCCUCAUCGUCCUCCAAAGAUGAAGUUUGUGUCGGAAGUAUGGCAUCCAAACAUUGACAAAGAGGGCAAUGUUUGCAUCUCAAUCCUACACGAGCCCGGGGAUGACAAGUAUGGCUAUGAGAAAGCCUCAGAGAGGUGGUUGCCAGUCCACACCGUGGAGACCAUUCUCAUCAGUGUAAUAUCCAUGUUGGCAGAUCCCAAUGAUGAAUCCCCAGCAAAUGUGGAUGCUGCUAAAGACUGGCGAGAGGAGCCAGAGGUAUUCAGAAAGAAAGUUGCCCGCUGUGUACGUAAAAGUCAGGAUGAAUUAUGAUGGCAGCACACAUUAUCAUCAAGUCAUUUUUCAGGAAAAGAUUUCAAGAUAACAAGGCAAAGAAAACAACUUUUUCUCAUUUGAAUUAGUAUGAUGUGGCCAUGAGCUAUACAGCCACACUUCAGUACUGUACAGUCCAUUGAUUUCUCAUCCAUCCAAAUUCUCAUUUCCUUACCAUGUUGAAGUACAUGCGAUGAUGUAAAUAUAUUAUAUACAUAAAUACAAUAACAGUGCUGCCAGUCAGUUAUACAUAGCAUUUACUGUAGGUUUACUCUCAGGGCUGUAGCAUAAAUUGAUUAUAGCAGGCUAUUUUAUUGUUUCCGUUAUCGUUUAUUGGAAGUAAAUUUGUCAAUUUAUUCUCAGAUUUGCUAAGGCUAUAUUUUAUGCCUGAAGGUUAUUUUUCUAUUAAAUUUUGUUUAUAUAAAUAUUGUUUUACCUCCCGGAAAUUAUUUGAAACUUUACUGUUUUUUUUCAUCAGUUGUUUGGUUGAAUAUUAUGAAACUGAACUCUGUGGUAUUUCAGAAUUGGUAAUUGUGUUGGAAAGAAGGCAUUUGUAACCCAGAAUAUUUUCCCAGCGUUGUCUCAAAUGGGGACAGAAUGUGCAUGACAGGAUCUUCUUUUCUACAGCCCUGAGGUUAUGUUAAUGGUUUGGUGUAUUGGGUUUGGUAGUCUAUGCUUUUUCAUUUUUACUUGUUGUCCUUUUAAAGUCUAAUACAAAGAUAUCUUUCUAUUUAUUGGAGAAACAUACUAAAUAUAUUAAACUGUUACAGUGUAAAAGCUUCAAGUUGGCUCACUGUUGUUAUCUUUGUAUUAGAUGAAAUAUAUUUUGUCAAAAUAAUGAUUUAAUAGUAAAUGUUGCAUGAAAGUGCGAUACAUUUAAAACAAUAUUCAGUCUGAAGAUUUAACCAAGGAACAUAGUGCUUGCAGUUAAUGUGCUAUUAAUCAAUAAAUCAAAAUUUAAAUAUGUUGUCAUUCCGAUUUCUCUUCAAAUUGAUCACUUCAUUUAUUCAACUUAGACUGUCUCAAGAUGUUUGAGUUUGAUUCACAAUGUGAAAUACAAUGGCCUCUUCCUCUUCUAACGCCACUUGCAUUUAAGCCGUCCCCCCGAUAACAAUUUAGGUUAUAUCUUACAACAGUAUACAAAUUGUUCGAAUUCCAUCAAACUGACAUGUUUUAUAGUAUUAGGGACUGGUUAUUUCUUACAGGGGUGAGUGGGUCAAAAUAUUCGAUGCCCUAGUGUACUGCAAAUAAUUAUCAUCCCCAAAUGCGGUCAUGGUCUGUCAUUUUGAUAGUCCUAUCACGCCCUUGUACAUUUUUUUCAUGUUUCCCCAGAAAAUAUAUGCAUUAUUUCUUACGACCGUAGCCUGGUCUGUCUUGUUUUUGGUAACGCUACCGAUUCCUAGAACUAACCUCCGACCCAUAAAUAGUGAGUCCCUUAUAUCCUUGAAACGAUUGGGCUGUUGUUGCAUGUUUCAUAUGAAAUUUAUCUGUGUUCAUCCUCGAAGAUGUGGGUUGUUUGCACACUUUUAAAUUAAUUUAUUAUGAAUGUGUGUGAUGACGUUGUACUUUAGACUUUGCUUUUUUCAGUUAUUGAGCAGAAAUAUCUUUCUUCACAUGUGUGAUGUUGAAUGUUCUAUAUUACUGUAGGUUUAUAAGUUAGUGUUGUUUGGAAUUCCUGUUCUGCUCAGGGUGUGGUGGUACAGACAAGUAUGUGGGCGAUAUGGCAGAUAUCCAAGGAGUGAUGCAAUACACAGGUCACAAUCAAAUGCUUUUGGCUUUAUCUUUCUUCCAGUUUGUGGUCAGUAAAUACUUAUGACAUGAAGUCAGUUCAAUAUAAGUAGACAAUGUCUGUUGGGCACGCCAGAAACCUGUGAGCAUGGGUUCAAAUCCUGGUUCAUCCUGAGUGUGUCCCUGGUUCAUCAAUGCUGUGUCCCUGCUCAUGGGUUUAGCCAAUGUGGUCAACAUCUGCAUCACUGCGAGCUUUCUCCCACAUCAAGCUGGCAAGAGACAUGGUACAAAAAGUGUUCAAACUGGCAUAGAACCAUGCUCGCUCACUCACUCACUUUGGCCUUUCUUCUUUAGAGUCCUUUCAGAGUUUAUCUGAGAAUCUACAGAUAUAAAUUUCAGAAAUCGACAAUUUCAUGACCAAAGCUACUAGACCAAACAAAAGCAUUGUCUAACACCCAAACAAAAGCAUUUAAGCAGAUUACUAUCUACUAAAAUUAUCUCUCAAAUACCGGUAUGUUCAUCCUAGUAGACACUGUGAAUUGAAAAUAUUUGGAUAUUUAGUUUGAAUACACAAGGUAAAUUGGGAAGGUUGUUUUCUGGAGUGAAUCUGUUUUUUUAAGGAUUGAAGUUGUUACUAAGUGUAGUUUCUAAGGUUGAAUGCUCCUAAAUACAAUUUGUUUGAUACAAUUCUCUGUGUGUUUGUCAUUAUCACUGUAGUAUUACACCCUGAUGUGCACUGGCUGCAAUCUUACCACAUUUCCACUUACUUCAUACCUGACAAUGUGGAAUUUUAAAACCAGUUGAGAAUUUCCCUUUCUCUUAGAGUGUUAGUUAACUGCAGUUAGAACUAGUGUUGCAGAAUUAAUUGAAGUGAGUGGGUUAUAAUUUUGUUUUCAAGUUAUUUUGUAUCUAAUUCCACAAGACAGUUAAUGGCAGUUAACAUAAUUUUCGGGUUAAUGACCGUGAAAAAUAAUCAUAAUCCUUAGCUAAUAGUUACUGCUGUACAAUUUACUAACACACUUUUUGGCAUCGAUGCAAAGCCUGCAUUGAGAAUUGUUAUAGGUGUGCUAAUUCACUGGGCUCAUUCAACAGCAGUCACCAUCUAAGGCUAUAUUCUAUCUUGUACUGGUGAAUUAUUAUAUGUGUAUAAGUGCUAUAUAUCCUGGUUAAACAGUUCAGUGUUAUUGCUGGCUACUAUCAAGUCUGUGUGAUAUAUCUAUAAACGUAUUCCAAUAUGGUACACUCUGCAGUCUCCAGCAGGUAGAACAUAGGUGAGUGAGCCCUAGAUUUUUGGUAAGUAGUACCUCUGUACAUAUUUGUGAUAUGGGAGACUGUUUUCAUCAGAUUGGUACAUUAAUACUGCAGUCAAUAAACUAUUGAUUUCAA